CGCUCCCUCCGCUCCUCCUUCCCCGCCCCCGCCCUUCCGCUUUCCCCUCCGACGCGCGCAUGCGCGUGCGGCACAGUGGGGUGGCGCGCGCAGGAUGGUGCUGCUGGAGAGCGAGCAGUUCCUGACAGAGCUCACCAGGCUCUUCCAAAAGUGCAGAACUUCAGGGAGUGUGUUCAUAACGCUGAAGAAAUAUGAUGGUAGAACAAAACCAGUCCCACGGAAAGGCCAUGUAGAAAGCUUUGAACCAGCAGACAAUAAGUGUCUCCUAAGAGCGACUGAUGGAAAGAAGAAAAUCAGCACAGUGGUGAGCUCAAAGGAAGUAAAUAAAUUCCAGAUGGCAUAUUCAAACUUGCUGAGAGCUAACAUGGAUGGCUUGAAGAAAAAAGACAAGAAAAGCAAAAACAAGAAGAGUAAAGCAACACAAUGAUGGAACAGUGUUCUCCCAGCACUGUAACUUGGUUAAAGCGAAGUCCCUUUCUUUUGGAGUUACCACUUGUCUUUGACUUUCCUUCUGGCAGGAUACUGGGAUGGGAUCAGUACUUUUGUUCAAACUGAAAGCAGAAGGUGCUUUCUGUAGAUUGUUGUAUGGCAGGAGUAUUUUCAGAGUUAUACUGAAAUAGCUUUCAGCUCUGCCACCAACUAUUUCUGUGCUCAGACUGCUGUUGUUUUGUGUUUUACCAGUGGGCAGUAUAAAAAUGCCUUUUGUGGUGGGGGGUAACACAGGGUGAAGAGAAAGGCACUGUACCAGGAGCAGAGCAGGAUUGGAGUGGGAGUCCUAGUGACAGAUGCCUGGUUUUACAGAUAAGACUCAGCAGUGCUAUGCGAAGUGGGUGCCAGCAUAUAAUCAGGAACAACAGCUUUCCCAUUCUGAGGGACAUGUCUACGUGAUGCAGUGCAGAUAUCCCUAAGGCAGCCAGUACAGUGCAUGAGCUCUUGCAGAGUCAGGCAGCUGUGCCUUUGCCCUGGGCUGAUCCUGUGGUGCUGACCCUGGCUUAGGGUGGGAGGAAGGGUAGGGCUCUGCAUCAUGUUCCCUUCAGGCAUGGCUAAAAAUGCUGAUCACUUAAAUUUUUUUUUUAAAAACCUCAUCUUUCACUAUAUUCAGGCAUCUGAAUUUCCCCAUACUGUAUAUCUUAACGUAGCUCCAUCGUAUAAGCAGAUGUAAAAGAUCAAUACUUAAUUGUUCCUAUUAAACACAAUUGAGAAAUUAA